CUUAAAUGUACAAGAUCAACAUGCAUCCUUUUUUGCUUGUUAAAUAUGAUGCUAAGCACCCUAAGACCUGGAAAUAUUAAACACGAACCAACGACCUUUAGAUUUAAACGCGAACCAUGGUUUCAUCACCUUUUCAUGGCUUCCACAUAAUAUGUUGGUUCCUUCUUAUUUUCACUUUCUGUCUUAAAUGUGUUUCUUCAACUACUGAGGCGACUAAGGAGUUUGUGAGAAAUGAUUACAUAUGCGACGAUACCAUGGGCACCUACACCAGUAAUAGUACUUUUAGUUCAAACCUUAAACUUGCAUUUUCCAAUCUCACUACCCUCUCUUCUUCACGCAUCUUCUCCAACGUCACGAUCGGAUCUGAUGAGGCUGACAAAGUCUACGCCCUCUAUGACUGUCGGAAUGAUAUUUCUCUAGAUAAGUGUCACCGCUGCAUUGAGGACGCCAUCGAGAGUAUUCUAGAUCUUUGCAAUGCCCAACCUAAAGAGGCCAUUGUCAUGUAUGAGGAAUGCAUGUUACGCUAUGCAAACCGCAUGAUCUUCUCAACUAUGGAGCUCACCCCAAACUAUACGAAUUGCGACAUGGUCUAUUAUACCAACCGUAAUAUCAAAGAGGCUGUCAAGUCAACCCUCGAAUCACUAGUCGACGAAGCAACCAAGGAAAGUAAAUCAUCGAGUUACUUUGCAUCUAAGCCUAUGAUUCGUAUAGUGGAUAGGUACUUCUACUUUUUGGUGCAGUGUACACCAGAUCUAAGCAGGGUGCAAUGCAAGGAAUGUUUGACGAAUGCUUUAAAUUUCACGGUCGAAUCGUGUGCGAGUGAUAACCGAUUAGGAGGUCAUAUUACGGCGCCAAGUUGCGAAAUGAGAUAUGAAGAUAAACUUUUCUUUAAUGUAUCGUCGUUUAACCAUAAUUAUACUCCGCGUCCAGUGAAGUCCAUGUCUACACUUACUAUGAUUCUCUUAAUAGGUUCUUGUGUUGUACUUGUGGUGUUAGUUAAGAUGUGUUUGCAAAAGAUCUUAAAUUGGUGUAGAGAAAGAACAAGGUUUUGAGUGAAGUCUUAAGUGAGAAGAGGGAUCUUUCAGGGAAGAUCUCAAGAUGCAACUAUUAGAGGGAAUAGUUGUAGGGAGUAUGAGUUCAAUUUGUUGAGGAACUCGAUAGAGGCUCAAGUUCCUCAUAGGUUGUAAUAGAGUAGUUGGCCUAUUUUAAUGGAAUGUUUUGAGUCAAAAUUCCUUGUGGACGAGGUUUUUCACUUUCUAUUAGGCCCAAGAAGUUUUCCUCGUAAAAUCUCUCUUGCACUAUUUCUCUCCUUGCGUUAAGUUUAUUUUAAUCUCGCAAAAAGUACGUGACUAGCAAGCUCAAUACUACAAUUCACUCCCAUCUUGCAGUAUUUCAUCUAAGUAACAGUUCAAGAUUAGAUAAUGAGACUCUUUGUAUCCUGUUCGAAUGCUAGCUUAGCCUGAUCGAUGUGCCAAGCUUCACCUAUGAGUACGUAGAUAAGACGGGUGAUGGAGUUCAACGACGCCUCAUGUCAAUGAUGAAAAGCUUUGUUUUUUUUU